UACAGAGACAUUCGACAGGGAUACAUAUUUUUGUUUAAACUGCAGCAUUUUUGUUUGGUUGAUCAAAUUUGACAUGUUUGAUGUUGUGAGUAAGAUAGGCAGUCAGAGAGCACAGGCAUCAGGAGACCCAUCCCUUGGAACUGCCUCAGCAGCAAGUAUUAAGCCCCAGUUAAAUGGAUCCCGACCUCCUCAGACUCCAACUCGCCCAUCUCUUAAGGGCCCUCCCCCUACUUCUGCUUCUAGACUACCACACAAGACCUCAGGGCCAUCCAGGAGCCUCACUGAGGCCAAUGUUCACAGUGAGCUGGGUGAAGGCAGUUGGAGUACACAAGUUUCUGGAGGAACUGCACAAAAACAAACCCCAUUCAAAGCUGUUGUGCUGAAAGCAAGGCUCAUCUCAACACCUGGAAGAAACACUGGACAAACUUUGACCACUGCAUGCAAGAAUGUUGCUUCCACCAGCAAAGGAGCUUCAAAUUCUACAGUCAGUCCUCUGAAAAGGACUGGUUCUGCAAGACUUGUUCGUCUAACUUCAAGUGGACCUGUGGACAAGAACAAACCCAAGGCCAGCUCCCGCCAGCAACACCCACAGCCGCAGCCAUCCCAACCAAACCAGAGUCAUGGACAUCCAGAUGUGGUACCAGCGAGUGUGGCAAAGGGUGAGAGGAAGGACCAGGCCAUCCAGCAGCUCAGAGACCUUCUCGCAGCCAGUAACUGCAGAUUUGAAGCAUUCACUGUUGUCUUGCAGCAGACUUUGACUGAGCGUGAUGAAGCCACAAGACAGUGCAGGGAGCUGUCCCAGGAGCUGGUCAACCUUCGAGGAGAUCUGGUUUGCUCCAUCCAUUCCUCUGAGCGUUUGGAGAAGGAGAAGGAGGAGUUGCGUGUUGCUCUGGAGGAUGCACUGCAGAAACUGCAGGAGCAGCAUCAGAACGAUGUGGCUGAGCUGGAGCAGAGGUUACAGGCCUUCUACCAGGCUGAGUGGGACAAGGUCCACCUCACCUACCAGGAGGAGGCUGACAAGUGCAAGACUCUCAUGCAACAGCAGAUGGGAGAGCUUAAAGCCAAUCAUGAAGCCAUUAAGCUGGAACUGCAGAGCAGCCACACAGAACAGCUGCAGUGCGUUAAACAGCAGUAUGAAAUGUCACUGGAAGAGCUCAGGAAAGUUCACAAUCAGGAGCUGCAGUCUGUGGACAAAACUUUGAAAGAUGCAGAGGCUGCUCUGUCUGGACAGAUCCAAGAGCUGACUGUGGAGAACAGUGCCCUUAUAGAGAAGCUAACAGCAGAGGAGAACAAGAGGAGGGAGCUGGCCGAAAAGAGUCAGAAGGACUCCCACACCCUGUAUCUGGAGCAGGAGCUGGAUAGCCUCAAAGUGGUGCUGGAUAUCAAAAACAAGCAGCUCCACCAGCAGGAGAAGAAGCUGAUGGAGAUAGACAAACUGACAGAGAAAAAUGUGAAGUUGGAUGAGAACCUUAAGAAGGUCCAGCAGGAGAAUGAGGACCUCAAAGCCCGCAUGGAAAGACAUGCUGCACUGUCGAGACAGCUGUCCACAGAGCAGGCCAUGCUGCAGGAGUCUCUGCAGAAGGAGUCCAAGGUGAACAAGCGUUUGUCCAUGGAGAACGAGGAGCUGCUGUGGAAGCUCCAUAAUGGAGACCUGAGUAGCCCCCGCAAAGUGUCCCCCAGCUCCACCUCCCCCUCCCACUCCUUCAGCUUCCAAUCACCUCGCAACUCUGGCGUCUUCUCCAGCCCUCCUGUCUCGCCCAGAUAACGAUGGGCCCCUGCUUCCGGGAAGCAGACCCUGAUGUUUGAGUUAUCCCUCUAGAAUAUGGAGCCAUUUUUGUUUCCUGUUCGCUUAGCAACACAACAGCCUGACCUUGGCUCCUUCAGGUUUGGAUGAACUCUGACACUUUCUGGACAGGGACACUACAGACUGUAAGAAAAAAAACGUUGCACAGAAGCACUUAAUAAGCAAGGCCACCUUGUUCUUUGCUUUUCACAUCUGAAACUAUGGAUGAGGGAAAAGGAAAUCUCAGGACUUGUAUGUAAUGAAACACUAUUUUUGUUACUUGUAGUUGUUGGCAAAGGCUUGUCUUUCCUGAAGUUCAGCACACGCACACAUACAGUACAUGCAGUAAAAAAUACACACAUGCAUGCAUGUGUAUACACAUGCGCAGAUACAGCCCUGCAGGGUGAGAGAGGGCUUCUUUGUGUCUCUGGAGACCACAGCCAUGGAAAGUCUGAAUUCAGAAUAGCUAUGAAUACAGAUGGCAGCAUCCCUCCUCAGGGCAUAUUU